UUAGAGCGCCCGAUUAGCGACAUUACGCCCUGUUGCGGGGUUGGUGUUCGUGGAUACGGGAAAGAAAUCCCCAAAACGGCGACCUGAAGAUGGCAACUCCAGUCGAACACUCCCACAGGCAUCCACAAUCGCCAACAAAGAAAAGGCCGAAAACGGAAACACCUAAUUCGCGGCCAAAAACUCGGGUACACCACAAUUGACUCUCAUUCACUGCAGCCCGCUUUCGAUUUCGACCGGCUAGCCGAUGCCGAGCAGCGCGUCAGCGCGUCGUUUAAGCAACGCGGCGCGAAUCCCGCUGUCGCCCGUCACGGCCGACAUGGAGAACCGACGGAGCCUGGCCGUCCGCAGCGGCGACGCGCCGGGCGCCGCGGCCAGUUCCGCGAGGAAGCGGACGUCGGACGUCGGGAGCGAGCCGUCGACCAGCCGCCGGCGGACGCGCGACCCGUCGCCGCCGGAGCGCGACGACGCGAGCGAUGCCGACGAGUACGACCCGGAGCAGUCGAUGCACGAGCGCCGGGCCAUCCAGCGCGACCUGCGCGAGAUGCAGAGGCAGAUGCGCGAGAACCCGGACGAGUUCCUGCAGGCCGACCCCAAAGCCCUGCUCGACUACCUCGACCAGUCCGACCGCAUCAUCCGGAACGUCAAGCAGACCGCCGAGGCCGCCAUCGACUCGCGCGGCCUCGUGAUUGCCGCCGACCUCUCGGCGCGCCGCGUCCAGCGGCUGACGUCCGGGAAUGUGGGCAACGGGAUUGACGUCGACGAGUUCGUCUCCAAAUGCAUCACGUAUAUGCUGCACGGUCGCGGCAUCGAGGACGACGAGGCCGAGGAGCUCUCGAGCACGCAAAGGAGGAGACGGCAGCCGAAUCGAGGCGCCCUAGGCAGCGACGACGAGUUCGAGAUUGGAGAUGACGGCGACAUGAUGAAUUGGGCUCAUCUGGGCCGCUUUGCCUGCAUCCCCGCCGUCCGCAGACCUGCCCUCCCCGGUUUCCUGCUCGGUCCCCUGUCCAUCGAGAAGAAAGCCCGCAAGGUGACGAAGAGGUCGGCGCCGUUCAGGCUCAACAGCCUGCGCGAGGUCCGGCCGGAGGAGUUAAGGGCCGAGGACCUGAAGAAGUCGGACAAGAACGACCUCCCGUCCAUCUGCAAGAAGAUCCACGUGCAACUGGAGGCGGCGCAGCAGCAGGCCCAGGACGCCGUCGAGGACGCAUUCGAUAAGCUCGGUGACGAUCUCCCGCCCGAGGAGCAAAGAGCGCUGAUGGAGCGCCAUGCGCUGCGGUCAACCGGCGGCAUUGAUCUGUUGCGAUUCGUCAUCAACCCGCGCUCCUUCGGCCAAACCGUCGAGAACAUGUUCUAUGUCAGCUUUUUGAUCCGCGAAGGGAGCGUCAAGCUCGAAUUCGACGAGGAUGGCCUCCCAGCUAUAGCACCCGUCCGAAAGAACUCGUCUGCCGAGCCGUCUCGCCCCAAGGCAACCACGAGGCACCAGGCCAUCAUGUCCAUCGAUAUGGCGACCUGGCGCGACAUCAUCGACGCAUUCGACAUCAAGGAGCCUAUGAUACCUCAUAGGGAGGAGGAGGCGCAACAAGGGCCUGGCGCCCGGGGCUGGUACAGCUGACACAGCUAAUGCCUCCUUAAUCAACUUGCAUUGGCCGCCUGUCUGCUCUCUGCCAGGCACGUCGCCUUAGAAUGGCGAAAUGU